ACAGCCUUGGCCCUUCAGACUCCAGAGAUGCACAAGGGACUUCUAGCAGUGAAAGUAAAAGAGGAAAAGGGGGACCACACAAGAAUGGUCCAAGAAUCUGGCCUGUCAAGAGAUAACCCUCAUACCAGAGAGAUCUUUCGUAGACGCUUCAGACAGUUCUGCUACCAGGAGACACCGGGGCCCCGAGAGGCUCUUCAAAGACUCCAGGAGCUCUGCCAUCAGUGGCUGAGACCGGAGAUGCACACCAAAGAGCAGAUCCUGGAGCUGCUGGUGCUGGAGCAGUUCCUAACCAUCCUGCCCGAGGAGCUCCAGGCCUGGGUGAGAGAGCACCGCCCAGUGAGUGGAGAAGAGGCGGUAAUUGUGCUGGAGGAUUUGGAGAGAGAGCUGGAUGAACCAAGAGAGCAGGUCCCAGCCCGUGAUCAUGAACAAAAGGAGCUUAUGAAGGAGAAAGCAGCUCUAGGAACAGCCCAGGAGUCAUCAGGCAGCCAGCUCCAAACCUUGGAAGAGCGGCCUCAGUGGAACUUGCGAGGGGUGUGCCCGAUUCAGGAGAUUGACAAUGAGACUGGAACUUGGAAUGUGGAGUUAGCCCCAAAGAGGGAGCUGUCUAAAGAAGAAAAGUCUCUUGUGGAGGCACCUGACAAACUGAAUGGUGAUACUAUUCCAGGGCCUGAAUAUGGAGAGACCUGUGACCAUGAAGGUAGAUUUGAGAGGCAACGGGGAAGCUCUUCAGGGGAAAGACCCUAUAUCUGUAGUGAAUGUGGGAAAAGCUUCACCCAGAAUUCCAUCCUUAUCGAGCACCAGAGAACGCACACGGGCGAGAAGCCCUAUGAAUGUGAUGAGUGUGGGCGGGCCUUCAGCCAGCGAUCAGGCCUGUUCCAGCACCAGAGACUCCACACUGGGGAGAAGCGCUACCAGUGCAGCGUUUGUGGCAAAGCCUUUAGCCAGAAUGCUGGGCUUUUUCAUCAUCUCAGGAUCCACACAGGGGAAAAGCCUUACCAGUGCAAUCAGUGUAAUAAGAGCUUUAGUCGACGUUCUGUCCUCAUUAAGCAUCAGAGAAUUCACACUGGAGAAAGACCUUAUAAAUGUGAUGAAUGUGGCAAGAACUUCAUCUACCACUGCAACCUCAUCCAACAUCGGAAAGUCCACCCCAUGGCUGAAUCCAGCUAG